AUGAAAUAUAUCGGCUUACUUCUAAAUGGAACCGAGUUCACGAGUAGAGACAGAUUUGUGUUUCAUCUAGGACUAGGACAGGUUAUCAAGGGAUGGGAUCUAGGGCUCAUGAAUAUGUGUGUUGGCGAGCGUCGAAUUCUUGUCGUUCCUCCUCAUUUGGCGUACGGAGGCCGUCCUUCGCACCCAAAAGUACCAGUAAAUGCUACCUUGAAAUUCGACAUCGAACUGUUGAAGAUAGAUCGUAAGGAAGAGCUG